CUAGGUACUCACAGCCCCCACCUCCCUGCUCUCUGACAUACGCGGGCACGCGCGCGUCUCGCUGCUUGGGAAAGCGAAAGGGUUUGCCAGUGGGUCUUCGCCUGCCUCUCUCUCUCUCUAGCUCCAUUCUGAAAUUAUUUGGCCAUCAGAAGCACACGCUCCAGACCUGCUAACCUUUGGACAAGAUUCGCAUCCAUCACCCUCCGUGGGAAUAAUUAUUACCGCGCGUCAGUGACGCGGUGAUCCAUCCAUCCAUCCGUCCACUCACUCGCUCGCCCUCUCGCUCCCUCGCCUCCCCCUCUCCGCUGUUUCAACCCCUCAUUCCUUGUCCUCUUGUAUAUGGAACGAUGGAUCUGCAGGCAAAGAUGAAUCCUAGCCACCACCGGGAUUUGUGUCUGCGCAAAAGCUCUCCGAAUCGUGCUAGGAAUGCCGGCUCUUUUGAACCCCAGGCAAGGCUUCUCUGCAUUGCAUUGGCACCGCUAAGGCUGGAGAGACAACCCACCCGCCUCUUUCCUGCUUAGGAGGAAGAAGAAGAAGAGGAGGAGGGAGGACGAGGCUGGGGGAGAGAGGAAGACGAGGAGAUUUCUUGGGAGAGGCGAGCCGGGCAUCCAAGCAGCAGACAUCCCCACGACCACCCCGCAGCCCUACCUGCCCUGCCCUCCCCUCAUGCACCAGGUAGAAGGCGGCAGGCUCAUAUGGAGGCGCCAAGGUGGACCCUCUGAGUGGUGUCAUGGUCCAAGGGACACUGCGGAGGAGGAGAAGGUCCAAUUCCACCCGGGAGUGGAGAUAGCGCCCUGCUAAAUCGCAUCGCCACCGUCGGCAAGAGCGCACGAGCGGAGCCUGGAUCGUGCUUGGCGCAGAAUUCCACCAAACCUUUUUUUUUUUUAAACAUAAACUUAAAUUUUUCAACUCCCCCUACUUUUUAGCAGCGUGUUGAUUCUCUCCCCGCCCCCAACACACACACACACACACACACACACACACACAUACACACACACGAUUGAGGCGCAGCCAGAGCCAGCAUCAUGGCGACGCUAAUCCGCAGCAAGAUCUCCAAUGUGGCCACCUCGGUUUCGAACAAGUCUCAGGCGAAAGUCAGCGGGGUGUUCGCCCGCUUGGGCUUCCAGGCGGCGACGGACGAGGAGGCGGUGGGCUUCGUGCACUGCGAUGACCUGGACUACGAGCACCGGCAAGGGCUGCAGAUGGACAUCUUGAAAUCCGAGGGCAGCGAGGAAGGAGGGGAGCCGCCCUUGGAAGGGGACAUCCACUAUCAGCGGGACGGCACCGGGCCCCUGCCUCCGUCCGCCUCCAAGGACGAAGGCGUCUGCUCCGAGCUGUCCGGCCAAGGGAAGCCCAGGAUCACAGCCUGGGAAGCCGGCUGGAAUGUCACCAACGCCAUCCAGGGGAUGUUUGUCCUUGGCCUGCCCUAUGCUAUACUCCAUGGUGGAUACCUAGGACUGUUUUUAAUUAUAUUUGCAGCAGUGGUUUGCUGCUACACUGGGAAAAUCCUCAUUGCCUGUCUCUAUGAAGAGAACGAAGACGGGGAGAUAGUCAGGGUGAGAGACUCCUAUGUGGACAUUGCGAAUGCUUGCUGUGCUCCCAGGUUCCCCUCGCUUGGGGGCAGGAUUGUGAAUGUGGCUCAGAUCAUAGAGUUGGUCAUGACCUGCAUCCUCUAUGUGGUGGUCAGUGGCAACCUGAUGUACAACAGCUUCCCAACCUUGCCCGUCUCUCAGAAAUCAUGGUCCAUCAUUGCCACAGCUGUGCUCCUCCCUUGUGCUUUCUUGAAGAACCUCAAGGCUGUCUCCAAGUUCAGCUUGCUCUGCACCUUGGCCCAUUUUGUGAUCAAUGUUUUAGUCAUCGCCUACUGCCUCUCCAGAGCCCGUGACUGGGCGUGGGACAAAGUCAAGUUUUACAUUGAUGUGAAGAAGUUCCCCAUCUCCAUCGGCAUCAUUGUCUUCAGCUACACCUCUCAGAUCUUUCUGCCUUCCUUAGAAGGGAACAUGCAGAACCCUAAGGAGUUCCACUGCAUGAUGAACUGGACUCACAUAGCUGCUUGCAUCCUGAAGGGACUCUUUGCCUUGGUUGCCUACCUGACUUGGGCCGAUGAGACAAAGGAAGUCAUCACAGAUAACUUGCCAUCCACCAUUAGGGCCGUCGUCAACCUUUUCUUGGUGGCCAAAGCUUUGCUGUCUUACCCAUUGCCGUUCUUUGCAGCUGUGGAGGUCCUGGAGAGAUCCCUCUUCCAAGAUGGAGCGAGGGCCUUCUUCCCUAAUUGCUAUGGAGGUGAUGGCAGGAUCAAAUCCUGGGGACUCACCCUCAGGUGUGCCCUUGUAGUUUUUACCUUGUUGAUGGCCAUUUAUGUCCCUCAUUUUGCCCUCCUGAUGGGCCUGACCGGGAGCCUCACAGGUGCAGGCCUCUGCUUCCUUCUCCCCAGCCUCUUCCACCUCAAGCUUUUGUGGAGGAAGCUCUUGUGGCACCAUGUCUUCUUUGAUGUGGCCAUUUUUGUAAUAGGGGGUAUAUGCAGUGUGUCUGGGUUCAUUCACUCUUUAGAAGGCCUCAUUGAGGCUUAUAGCACCAAUACAGAAGACUAAAGGAUGAGUUGAGCUGGUUUCAUUUAAAGGGAGGGAUUGAGAGAGAAUCACACAGAACAUCCACAUAGUCAAAUGAUUAUGAAUCCUCAUCAAAGGAGAAAUGUUGUUCUUUCUUUUUGUUUUGUUUUAGUUAAGUACACCCAAGAGAUUCUAUCACAGAAACUUAAGCAAAGUUUUCAGAUCAAAUGCUUAGCCCAGCAGACUUUUUAAAGAAACUUAAGAAGACUCAUAUAUAGAUAUAUAUAUAUUUAGAUAUUAUCAGAGAGAAAAUAUUUGAAAUAUUUCCUUGUCCUGUUCAUUCACUAGUCUAAAAACUCUUAUCUUUAUAAGGAAGAUGAAAUUCUGUAUUUGGAAAUAAUGAGAGGUUUCCUGGUAAUAUUUCUGCAAGUAUUAUGCAAUUCAGUCUUGGUUUUUUUU